AAAAAAAAAAAAAAAAAAAAAAAACAUCGCAUUAGAACGAAUAUUCGAUUUGAAAGGAGUGAUAAAAUGAUCUGUUAUCAAUCGAAGUCAUUAUGUUUCUUUGUCUUCACUUUAGAUUAUCUGCGGGGAAUGAGUACUCGGAUAAUGGGCAGGGGCACUCAAAGAUAUAUAUAUUGUCGGCGGGCAAAGGUAUUGUCGCGGAGCGCUGGCGAGGCGUUAAACGGGAUCAACAGCCAGCAGAAUUUUCCGACCAGUUGUCUACACCGUGGACAUUUGGUAGUCUAUCGCAUUCACUGCUCGGAGAUCAAAAUAAAUACUAAUCUGCAUACCUAUUCCAUCUACUCCACCACCCCUGCUAAUCUGUUGGCCCUGGCUAUCGUACCUACCCUGCCAGGGUUGCCAGAUCUGUUGAAUUAGCUAGACCUGCUCUGCCAGCCCUGUU